CAAAAACCUAUUAUCAUGCAUUUGCUGUACACUUUUGUUUUGUUCUUUGGAAUAAUGAUUCAACCAACCAAAUCCAAGAUUCUUGAUCCAAAGGAGCUUAUUAAGAGUAUCUCGUCCUAUAAGGAAGCAUGCUCUGCUGUUGGGUACGAGAAAAGACCAUGUUCAUACCGCUCAAAGAAUAACAAAAUGGCUGUAGCUUUCCAUGCAAAGAUGACAAAUGCGCAAAACAAUUUGAAAAGCAGCCAGAAAGUUUUAUUUGAACAUGUAUUCCUUAACAUUGGCGGUGGCUACAAUGCAAAAACUGGUGUCUUUACAGCGCCUGUCGACGGAAUUUACCGCUUUGACUGGACAAUAUUGGCAGCGAUGAAGAAAUAUUAUAUUACUCUUCUUGUCAAGGAAGACACCCAAAUUGGCUCUAAUUACUGUGCAGAUACAUCAGACAAUGAACUUGGCCAAUGUUCUUCCUCAGCUAUCGUAGAGAUGAAGGCAAAUCAAAAAGUCUGGAUAAAACCGUAUAACAGUUAUGCGCAAGGUGUAAAGGCUAACUGGAGUUAUUUUUCCGGGCAUAUUCUAUUUUGAAAGAAAA